UUCCAAUCGGUGCGAAAACUGCGAAGAAAUCCGAGAAAAAGACUGCGACCGCGAAACAGGCCAAACCCAACCAUCCUCCGACUUCAGAGAUGGUUAAUAACGCCAUCAAAGAUUUGAAAGAAAGAAGUGGAUCGUCAUUGCAGGCCAUCAAGAAAUUUAUAGCUCCCAACUAUAAAGUAGAUUCGGAAAAAUUGGCUCCUUUCAUUAAGAAAUACCUCAAAUCAGCUGUGCAAUCUGGAUCUUUAGUUCAGACAAAAGGAAAAGGCGCAUCUGGUUCGUUCAAAUUGGCAGCUGGUGGUUCGACAUCGGGAUCCCAGAAGAAAGUGAUUAAAAAAGCCACCUUCAAGUCCAAAGAUGAUCUUAAAAAAUCCACUUCGGCAUCAGCUGUGGUGACCGACAAGAAGAAAAAGAAGUCUACUGUUGCCAAAAAACAAGCCGCUGUAACGAAAACGAAGAAAGCAGUUGCAACAACCGAGAAGAAGAGCCCCAAAGCCGCCAAGUCCCCUUCUAAAGCUAAGAAGUUGGAGAGUGGUCAACAGGAACAGAUCGGACCAACCACCCCAAUCCAAAAGUUGAAUUACAACCUGAACCAGGAACAAUUUGAACCUCCCGCGGUUAGAUCAAGGGAACCCACACCUUUUUCGACAGGAGCAGUGAAGAAGACCCAGAGACCAAUUAAACCAGUCGCUACUAGACCUGCCAAGACGAGGUCGACUUCAAACCAAGAACACUAA